AUGCGUCAGCCUCGGAGUUUCCCCGCAAAAUCACUAUCAAGGUUACGUCUGACAGGCGAUAGAGACGGAACCUUCCAUCAUAAGUAUCAGUUAUCCGACAGAGGGAACCAUAGUUGGAAUUAUAGUCCAACUCAUCGCUACCACUGGAGAAAUCGGAUACAUAUCACGAUGCCGGCGUUUUCACUUUCACCAAAUUCACCGAAACCUGACUUUGACAACUAUCGCCAAAAGCCACUUCCAGAGGACUUAGAAGAGCAAGACACGUUCCUCCAAAAGAAUGUUUCAGGGUCGCUUUGGUCAAAGCCCCGUCGAGGCAUUGCGUACGCGAACCUAGUGGCUGUGGCCCUCUUCCUUUUCACAAUUGUUGUCGGAUCGCUCGCAUGGCUAGGCGUAUCUGCGACACAGCAAACCGACGAAGCACCGAAACCAUCAAAGGCAUACACCGAUUGCGGUAGUAACUACUCAACAGCAAUCGCAGCCGGAUGUAUAUACGAUAUUGUUGCUCCCCAAUGGACGCCACCAGAGUGCUACAAUGCAGCCCUAUCUGAAGAAUAUGCUGCGAAGAUCCCAAAACCGAUGUUCUUCCGUUGGGAAAAUCUCACAGAGCCGAUACCAGAAGACCCCGUGGAGAUCUCAAAGCAUGAUACAGUCUGGACUUUCGACAAAUAUCAUACGAUACAUUGUGUAUACAUCCUUGAGCUUGCAGCAUUAGCUGCGUCGAUGGCUUCUUCUGGCAACCAGGAUGUUUUCUUGAAUCACGUUGCAGCGAAUUCCAAACAUACGAGGCAUUGCGACUUUCCUAGCGACACGCAGUCUAGUUCGCCAGCACAGUUCAUCCUCUCCAACCUAUACGAUCGGGCCAAAAUCAAAGGCCAGUUAUCGGAAUUCGAUCGAAUCAAGAAGGCAAUCGAGAUGAUGGGAGCCUUCUUGACGAAGUCUUCACGGCACGACAGUGGAAAAGAAUAUGUUCCCAUACCCAACCCUGAGUCUGGCACCCCAGAGAACCAUCACAGCAGAGAAAGACGCGGGCGUCUACCGAAAGGUGUCGUUAUGGUGUCUCUUGCCGCUGUUCUGGUGCUGCUGAUUCCAGUCACCUACUUCCUCUUCGCCGCAAGUACACGGAGUGGCGCAUUCAAUCACACCAGCCUACCCAUCCAGCAUGACGACAAAGGCACAUUCAUAGCCUGCCCAGAAGACCCUUCGUCGGCGCGGAAAUCAGGCUGUUCUUUCGACCUUCUUGCCAACGGUUGGAUUCCAGACCCUUGCUUUGACGCAACUAUGCACCACGACUUCGUGGAUGGCAAGGACUACGGUUUCUUCGAGGAUCGAAAUGGCGAGCACCGGGUACAUCAAAACACAGUCAUGGAAGGAGAUAACAGCAGGUACCCAGAUGGGCUCUGGGUGACCUUUGAAGAACACCACACACAUUGUCGUUACUUGGUCAACGGAUCUAUCAGAGCCGUCUCACGACCUCAUGGAGCUUUCCUCGACGUGUAUCUGGAUAGGGAUCAUAUGAUGCAUUGUUAUGGUGUUCUCGGAGAACAUCGCGAUUCUGACCAUAUCGAGACAUAUGUCAAGGCUUUCUUCGAAUCGCGUAAAUGUUACGUUCGUGAUUGAGCCCCAUCAGGCUCCCGAACUGUUUGCUGUUAGUGGGGUAGCAAUCUUCAGCUUAGGAACAAUUGCAAGACACAGUGUAGAAACUUCAAAACAG